AUGCCAACGCACCAAGAUAAUGGUGAAGUCCAUUCUACAUUCAAAUUGAAGGUCAAAAUACUGAGUGCCAAGAUACACAAGCACAAUAGGUCAAAUGCACUUUCACGACUGCGCGGCCCGCUCUUUCGUGUGGACUACAACACUACAACCUGGGACGCGCCUCCACCAUCAGAUUGCCCCACAAACACCCAACACAUGACCUCAAACCGGGGUAUGACUCCCACUAAGUCUGGAUGGAGCCCUCACUUUAGCUCAAAGACUCACUUUACCAUCUCAACUAACUCCCAAAUCGAAUUUCGGGUUGUGUCUCAGUCUGCGGCGCAUAUGAACCACAACAAUGGGUCCGGACUUGUCGUUGGAUACUCUCGAUUGUCUGUUCGAGAUGCCCUUCGACAUCACGGAAAUAGCCUAGAGGAUGUGUCUUUCGCUCUGGAUAUCCUGCCACUGCCUGGGGACACCACCACCGAUGGUUCGACGCCGUCGGCUCUUGGCACGCUGUACCUCUCCCUCAGUGCCAGCUCACGCGCAGUCAACGCGGCCCUUGUCGCUGCCCAUUUGAGCAGAUCGGCAACGCCCACAACCAGGAACGAGGGGCCGCGUUCCGCCAGCAGCACCCCUGCAGUCCCACGUCGGCCUCGCGGGGGUGCCAGCGGCGGCAGCGAUGGCGGAGGCGCGACGCACGCCUCGCCCGACACCGAGGGCCUUCCACCCCAUUGGGAGCGCCGGGUCGACCCCGCUACAGGCAGAACCUACUACGUCGACCACUUGACCCGUCAAACUCAAUGGGAACAGCCUCAGCCUCUUCCCAGCGGAUGGGAGCGCCGUGUGGACGCGAACAACCGUGUCUACUACGUAGACCACAACAUGCGCACAACCACGUGGCACCCUCCCUCGGAGAACCUCCUGCACAACGUCGUGCGAUGGCGUCAGUGGUACGACACGCGGGCCGGCAACAUGCGCAAUCAAAUGUCCGAGGUGUACGCGUCGUCCGCGUGGGCCGGCGGCCAUCCCAACUCCAUUCCCGAAAGUCUAGGCCCCCUUCCUGAGGGCUUUGAACGACGCAGAGACGCAAACGGCAGGGUGUACUACGUGAACCACCGCACCAAGACAACACAGUGGGAGGAUCCGCGCCAGACCACGGCCCCGUUGCCCUCAGGCUGGGAGAUGCGCUACACCUCUGAAGGCUUCCCCUUCUACGUCGACCACAACACCAAGACUACCACCUUUAAGGACCCUCGUCAACCAGGCUCUGUGAACUCGACCCAGUGGACACUGGAUCGCAAGGUCGCCAGUUUCCGCUACCUGUGCCACGUCAAUUCGAGCACUCAAAAGGUCGAGAUUCGGGUGAGUCGGAGCAACCUUCUGGUCGACUCUUUCCGCCAGCUGAUCGCUAUUCCCCCUCAAACCCUCAGGGGUCGUUUAUUCGUGACCUUCAAGGAGGAGGAAGCCCUCGACUACGGUGGCGUGCAGAGGGAAUGGUUUUUCCAACUUUCGGAUCAGCUCCUCAACCCGAUGUACUGCCUCUUCGAAUACGCCAGCGGAAACAACUUCUCCCUCCAGAUCAACCCCAACUCCUCCGUUAAUCCCGAACACCUUCAAUACUUCCGGUUUGUUGGCCGAUUCAUCGCGUUGGCCCUCUUCCAUGGCAAGUUUAUCGACAACGGCUUCACGCUGCCUUUCUACAAACGCCUCCUAAAUAAGCCUCUCUCCCUCAAGGACCUCCAAACCGUGGACGAAGAGUACUACAACUCCCUUCUCUUCAUCCACGAGAAUUCCAUCGAUGAAGCCGAUCUCGAGUUGUACUUUGAAGCCGACUACGAGCACUUUGGCCAAACCAAGACCUGUGAACUCAAACCCGGCGGUAAGGAUAUCAAAGUGACAGACGAGAACAAGGAAGAGUACCUGGGUUUAAUGGUAAACUGGCGGUUUUCGCGAGGCACGGAGGAGCAAAUGGAGGCCUUUCUGACUGGUUUUGCCGAUGUCUUUCCUCUUCAAUGGCUUCAAUACUUCGACGAACGCGAAUUAGAGCUCAUUUUGUGUGGCAUGCAAAAGAUUGACGUGGAUGAUUGGCAGCAGAACACCGCGUACAAGGACUACACCGUCACGAAUAAGCAGAUUGUCUGGUUCUGGCGUUUUGUUCGUACACUGUCCGCGGAAAAGCGUGUUAGGCUCCUUCAAUUCGUCACCGGCACGUGUCGCCUACCGGUUGGUGGCUUCAAGGAGCUGAUGGGAAGUAACGGCUUGCAGUUGUUUACGAUCAAACGCGCCGGCAAGGACAACUCCCUGCCCCUGAGCCACACGUGCUUCAACCGUCUGGACCUUCCGCCGUACAAAUCCUACGAGACCCUCGUGGAGAAGGUGACGCUGGCCAUCGACGAAACAGAGGGCUUCGGGUUGCAGUAG